GUUUUGAUCUCGUCACGCCUACAUGGAGGGUUUGGAGGAGAAGCUCGGGGGUCUGUCCAUCGCUCGGCGGUCUCGUCCUGAGGAGCCCACCUACCUGCUGGACGUCGCCCUGCAGCCGUCCGGCCUGCUGGCGGUUUCCUGCUCCAACUUCACCGUCCACCUGCACAACAAGGACACUCUGAGCCUGCUGGCGGAGUAUCGGGGCCACAGCGGGCCUCUUUGCGGGGUCACAUUCGCCCACGCCUCCUCUGAUCUCUUAUACUCGGGGUCCGCUGACGGGACGGUCCUGGCGUGGGACGUCCGACGCCCCGGCUCGGCGGCGGUUCAGACGUUUAAAAGCGAUCCGUCUCACAGCUUCUGCAGCUUCGACUUGAACUGCGCCGACACGCUGCUGUGUGCCGGCACCGAGCAGAUCAACGACGAGGACAGCUUCCUGGUGUUUUGGGACUCCAGGAAGCCGGGCGGCGGGCUCCUCGGGGUUUACUCCGAGUCCCACAGCGAUGACGUCACACAGGUGCGCUUCCACCCUCGGGAUAAAGACCGCCUGGCGUCCGGCUCCACCGACGGCCUGGUGAACGUUUUCGACCUGAGCCAGGGAGCGGAGGAGGAGGCGCUGCUCGCCACCUGUAACAGCGACUCCUCCGCCGGCUCCGUUUGCUGGUGCGGAGCCGACUUCACCCGCCUGCUUUGCCUCAGCCACGACGAGGGGCUUCACCUGUGGGAUCUGGGCCAGCUGGACACCGACGAGCCGCUCACCGUCUUCAGCUCCUCCGACGCCCGCAGCCUGGCGACGCUGGCCGACGGAGCGGGCGUAGAUUACCUGGUGGGGGGGAGGUGGCUGGAGGAGGCGCAGAAGCUGCUGGUGGUCGGCGGGAAGAAGAGCGGCGAUCUGCACCUGAUGGAGUGCGACGGCGACGGGCUCCGACUGAUGAGGAGCCUCGAGGGCGGGCACGGCUCCACGGUGCGCUGCUUCCUGUGGGACGCGGCGGGGGAGGCGCUGGUCACCGGAGGGGAGGACGCUCAGCUGUUGCUAUGGAAACCGGGAGGGGAGGAGCUCACUGUGGGGAAAAGGGAGACGAUGAAGAGCGAUUCGGCGUUGAGGGUUAAAUCCAGGCCGCAUAAAAAACACGGCUACCAGAAGAGCAAGAAGGCGACGACGUAGCUCAGCUCAAAACUCUGAACUCUGAACUCUGACCUCUGACCUCUGACCUCUGACCUCU